CAAUUUCAAAAUUUCCUCGGCUAACUUGAGCUCAGUGCAUUCACUUGACUGUUUAUUGUUUAUAUCUUGUUCAAUUCAGUUUUGUGAUUUUAACUUAAAUAUGCCAAAAAUUCGGAUUCGAGGCACUCCACCUGAUGGAUGGGACCUAAUUGAACCAACAUUCGAGGAGUUGGAAGCAAAGAUGAGGGAAGCCGAAAGAGAACCUCAUGAAGGUAAAAGACGGACUGAAAGUCUAUGGCCUAUUUUCAAAAUCCAUAAUCAGAGGAAUAGGUAUUUGUUCGAUUUAUUUUACAAAAAACAAGCCAUUUCUAAAGAGCUGUUCGAGUUUUGUGUUAAACAAAAGUUGGCUGAUAAAGCUUUGAUAGCCAAAUGGAAGAAACCUGGAUAUGAAAAUCUGUGUUGUUUAAGGUGUAUCCAAGUAAAGGACACAAAUUUCGGAACUAAUUGUAUAUGUAGAGUACCAAAAGAAAAAUUAGAUGAAAAUAGACCGAUACAAUGUAAUAACUGUGGCUGUCGAGGUUGUUCUGGAUAAAAUUUGAUUACUUUAAUUUGUAUUUAAACUUGGAGAUUUUUAUUCAUUACAGAACUCAUUAAAGCUUCAUUUAAUUUCA